UUCUGCUCUUCUUCUCCUUUCUUCCCGCUGCAGCCACUCGAAAGAAAAAGAAAGAGAACCCAGCCAUGCCUUUGAGAAACCGGUGAGAUAAGCUUGGUUUUCUCCUUCCUUUCUCGCUCUAGAACACACCUAGAACCCAGAAAUCUUCCCCCCCCUGCUGGAAAAGCCGGAUCUGCCCUGCUCUGCUUUGUCCUUCCGCCAGCUGCUCUUGAUUGUGGGUGAUUUCUGGGCAUUUUUUUCGAUUUCCCGUGAGCUUCCCCUUGAAUUUUCUGCAGAGUGCGGCCGGCCUUCCCCCAACUGCAGUCCAGUUUUUGGCUGCUAAAUUAUGGUUCUUGAUCGUUCUGUCAGUUUAGUACGUGAAUUGAGUGCUCAGUUUUAUGCAAGUGAGGUAAGUAAAUUUAUGGUAAUGCCUGUACUGUUUUUAAAAGCAUGUUUUGAUUUGUUUUUGAAGUGGUGGCGGGACUAAACCCGUUUUACACGAGCAUGACUGAUUUGAAGUGAAAUGUCUUAUGCUUUUCACUAAAUUGAGCAUGCCUACUUGGAAUUUAAUUGAUUGUCCCGAUGAUUUGAAAGUGAUUAGUGAAUUAUGAAUUUUCUGUUAACUUCUGCCUGUUUUGUCUCCGAUACGGUCAUGUUAUCCUGUUGCCCGCUAGUGGGAGGUCAAACGCUAGCACAUGUGGACAUGUUCCUGAUAGAACCGGUUCAUUCCUGUAAUCCUGCUAGUGGGAGUUAAACACUAGCAACUCCUGUUGCCUGCCAGUGGGAGGUUUAAACACUGGCCAUGACCUAUAGAGGAGACGUCUAUUUCGUUCCCGCACUGUAUCCGUUUUUCGUGAUUGUACUAGUUGGCAUGCUAUAAGUUUAAUAAGGGCACUCCAUAUUUUACUUACUGAGUUUAUCUCAUAGUUUUUCUUUGUCCACCAUUUCAGGAAGUGAAACCGAGGACGGGAAACCACGGGAAGUGACGAGUUAGAAGGCUAGCCAAUUCGAGAUUGAACAUAGAUUUAGAACUAAAUCAUGAUCUUGUAUUUGGAGAUUUUAAUUGGAGAUUUAUGAUAUUAGAGCAAAUAUUGAGAUUUGAUUUUCAGAUUUUGGUGGUAUCAGAGUGUGAAUUUGAUAAGUUUCGAGCCUUGUGCAUUUGUGGGACUCGUCUCACGAGUGUACGGCGUCUGCCACGUCCCCGGAUUUGGGUUCUGGGGCGUGACACAAUACCAGGAGAGAAGGGUCCAGAGACUAGAGCUCACCUCAAUGUGAAAUGUGUCUAGACAUGAAAACAUAAAGAUAUGACAGCAACUGGCACCCGAAGGGCUGGGCAAACGUCAAUACAAUAUAUAUAUUUUUUCUUUUUUAUACAAUAGGCAAUGAAAUGUUGAUGGUACA